GGGUGUGUGUGUGUGUGUGUGUGUGUGUGUGUGUGUGUGUGUGUGUGUGUGUGUAUGUAGUUCAGGAGGGCAUUGGGAUUAAAAUAAAGUGGUGGAAAGUUACAUACUUUCAGUUAUAGGUAAGUCCUGGGGAUGUAAUGUACAACAAGAUGACUAUAUUAACACCGCUGUAUGGUAUAUUUGAAAGUUGCUAAGAAAGUAGAUCCUAAAAGAUCUCGUGGGGAGAUUUUUUUUUUUUUUAAACUGUAAGGAGAUGGAUGGUAACUAAACUCAUUGAGGUAAUCAUUAUACAAUUUAUAUAAGUCAUUAUACUUUGUAUCUUAGACUCAUACAGAGCUGUAUGUCAAUUAUGUCUCAAUAAAACUGAAACAAAAAAGUCCCAAAGGCAUUAGAACACAGGAUUCCCUAUGAGCCCAACUUGCUGGAAACAGUCCUGGGAAAAUAGAGAUUUUCCCCUUACUUAUCUCAUUCUUUGAACUUGGCGAACAAGUUUUGAACACCCGGUAACAUAAUGUUUCAUGUAAAUUAGGCUUCUGAAAUGUCCUCCAGUUUCUGCCACUGUCAGAGAUUGGUGUAACAAAAAAAAAAAAAAAAAAGUUUUUUAACUGCAAAAUGCAAACUCUGCUUUCUCUCCGUUUCUCAAAACAGAGACAUGUGUAGUUAAAGAAAUUAUUUCUCUGGUGGCAUUCUUUUCCUAGAAGGCUAGAAUAAUUAUCACCCAUGACUGAAGUUCCCCACAGUUUCAAAACUGAUCCGGUUCUGUUUCAGGUAGCUAGAAAUGAUUUAGAGUAGGUUUCAUAUAGCCCUAUUACUAUUUGUUUCUUGCUUGAGUGAAUCAGUAUAAUAGUGGUAUAAACAUGAUAUAACAUAAGAAGAACGUUUGCAAAGAGGAUUUCAAAGAGGUACAUAUUGGUUCUUAGAAAGGAAGUAGGGAUAAGCUUAAAGGUCAUAAUUAAAAUCUUUCAAGGGAAACCAUAGCAUUCAGUGGUAAGAUUGAGAACUACACUACUGAAAUGUAGCCUGCAGCCUGCAACCCAUUCAACUGGCAUUAAAUUGGUAGCUGGUGAAAUAAGUAUUUUGAGUUGAAUUUUAAUUCUAAUGUGCCUGGCAAAGCAGAAUUGCGGUACAUUUCAUCUUUAUAGAUACAAAAUUGGAGUGCACUGUGCUAUUAGACAUGUGUUCUUAUUCACUAAUAUUAGUCAUUAAUUUCCAAACACACUGAGCUCUUACUAUACUGAGGAUGUGCACGAUUUCAUUCAAUAUUCAAAACCUAUCAACUAGCUACGACUAGUGUUCUUUUUUUACAGAUGAUGAAGGUCCUAGCGGUUAGAUACCUUGCCCAAGAGCCAAAGCCAGGGUUUAAAUAUAGUGCCAAGAGGGGAAGGCUGGAGCGAAGCUGUCCCUAGAGCCUGCGGCCCCGGCGAGGGUAACACGCCGCGCAGACGCCGGGAGACCAUGGAGGAUGCGACCAGGACCUUUGGGAAAGGAAGCUGCCCCCCGGGGCCCGUCCCAGAGGGCCUGAUCCGCGUCUACAGUAUGAGGUUCUGCCCCUUUGCGCACAGGACGCGCCUUGUCCUCCGGGCCAAAGGCAUCAGACAUGAAGUAAUCAACAUUAACCUGAGAAACAAGCCUGAAUGGUACUAUACAAAGCACCCUUUUGGCCAAAUUCCUGUCCUGGAGAACAGCAAAUGUCAGUUGAUCUAUGAAUCUGUCAUCGCCUGUGAGUACCUGGAUGAUGCUUAUCCUGGAAGGAAGCUGUAUCCAUAUGACCCUUAUGAGCGGGCUCGCCAGAAGAUGUUAUUGGAGCUAUUCUAUAAGGUCCCACAUUUGACCAAGGAGUGUCUGGUGGCCAUAAGAUGUGGGAGAGAAUGUGCUGAUCUGAAGCUAGCCCUGCGUCAGGAAUUCUGCAACCUUGAAGAGGUCUUUCCCGUUGUGAUUUCUUCCACAGCUUUUACAAAUAGGAAGUCGUCUACCCCUUCAGGAGAAAUGGAAAAUAUUUUUUUUCACCCACGAUCCAUCACUUUAAAGAUUCUUGGCUAUCAGAACACCGUCUUCUUUGGUGGAGACUGUAUAUCCAUGAUCGAUUACCUCUUUUGGCCCUGGUUUGAGCGGCUGGAUGUGUAUGGAAUAGCUGACUGUUUGAACCACACGCCAGCUCUCCGGCUCUGGACAGCAGCCAUGAAGCAGGACCCCACAGUGUGCGCCCUUCUCAUAGAUAGGAGCAUUUUCCUGGGCUUCUUGAAUCUUUAUUUUCAGAACAACCCUGAUGCUUUUGAUUAUGGGCUAACUUGCUGAGUCUCAGUCUCCCCCCUCACAUCCAGAAUUCCCAAGCACGUCGUGACUCUACAUCAGGGAUUGUUUUGGUGGGUCAAUCUCUGUUCAUUUUCUUUGAGGUUCUCAAUAAACGUGGAGACAGAAAAUGUA